UCCAUAUCCCCCCGUCCGCCAUCAGCAUAUGAUAUGAUGCAGUACUUUGCGACUCCUCUGCGGCCCAGUCAACAGACGACACACUCGCUGCGCGCAAGCCAAUACAGGCCGUCGAGGAAGCGGAAGCGCGACGACGACAGCGAAGAGCCCCCUCCAUUGGCCCCGCCCGUCGCAUCUCCACGGUCUGACUCUGCAUCUGGACUCACUCCCCCCCCAGAGCCCUUCCCACAUCACCCUGCCAAGCAUGUGAGAAACACAGUCACGAAUGCGAAACUCCACGAAUCCAUUGCUGCCCUGAACCCGCCCGUUUUCGCCGCCAAUGCCCUCUCCCGCGCUCAACCCGUGCGCGGCCACAGCCAGAGAUCUACCCUGCGUGGCUCCCAUCUCGAUAUCCUGACGACCACGAUGCACUGCUGUCUACUCGCGGGGGAUUACGACCGCGCAGACCGUGCCUGGGCCCGGAUCCUGAGGACUCACGCCGCUGGUAACCCGCUGGAUCCGCGGUACCACGGGCGCUGGGGUGUUGGGGCAGAGCUGCUGCUUCGACGCAGGGCUACGACCCAUGUUUCCCACCAGGAUACAGAAUCCAAGACGCAACAAAAUCAAACUCAGCCUGGUGACCCCGCUCACAUUUACACCCGACAUGGCCUCGAGUUGGCACAGGACUAUUACGAGCGUCUCAUCAUCCAAUACCCCUUCCGCAAAACCAGUCCGAACGCUGUCGACGCCAGGGCCUUUUACCCACCUCUGUUCACAACGUGGAUCCGGGCCAUUCUCGACCGAAGCAGGCGAGACCGGUCACAAUAUCAAGAGCACCUUCGCCGUCGAUCAUCGUCCGCUGCUUCAGAUGAUGCCGAAGACGAUACCAUAGUCCUAUCCCUCGAAGAGAUACGCACCCAAGAAUUGUCACACGCCCAGGAACUCUGCGAGCGACUGGACCAGGUAAUCAUUUCACCGCCGUUCGACAAACACACCGAGCUGCUCUUCCUUCGCGGCAACGUCGGCCUUUGGAUCAGUGACCUCAUUGUUGGCAGGACUCCAAUAGCAGCCGGACAGGACCAACAGGCUGCAUGGGAUGACAUGUCCAUGACCGACCACUCCGAUGUCAAUGCUGCUAGCGAGUCAACAGACAAUCAGCGCAAAUACAGACAAAGCCUCCAUCAACUCCACCUAGCCCGCGAUUUCUUCACGCGUGCCGAAACUCAUGGUGCAGGGAGUCUCGAUGCCGCCAAAGCUGGCAUUGACGUCAGAAUCAAGAGUCUCGGGAAACAGAUGUCGACAUUUGAUUGA